AUGAUGAAAAAUAAAAGAAAAAGUGAGUUGGAUCCAAGAGAAGAAGUUGUACAUAAUAUUGCUUUGGCCACCAUAGCUUUAAAAGAUGGGAAUUUAGAAAAAUCGGAAAAAAAAUUUUUAAACACUCUCACUCUGGCUGAAAUAAAUAAUGUUUACGUCGGAAUCAUUUUUAUUUGCGAUUUUUUGUCAUCUGUAUACAUGAAUUUGGGAAAUUAUGAGAAAGCGGAAGAUUUUUUACUUCAAGGUUUGGAAAGUUUACCCAAACUUGGAAUACCGGGAGACGAUAAUUUUGUGGUUAAUUUUAAUCUUAAAUUAUCGAGGUUGUACAGCAGUAAUGAAAACGAUGAAUUAGCUGAACUAAGUUUUAAAAAUUGCAUGGAAAUGCAAAAAAAAAAAUUAGAAAAUUCAAUUGACGAAGAAACCUACAUCUUGUGGAUGACCAUUCUAUAUUGGUAUGGAAAAUUUUUGAUAGGUAAAAUAACAAUAGACCGGAAUUUAUAUGAAGAAGCGUCGUUUUGGUGCGUCGAGGGAAAAAAAUUAGCUCGUAAAUUUAAAAAUUUUGGCGCGGAAAAAGAAUCCGACGAAUGCCUGAAAAAGAUUCAAAAAAUGUUUGUUACGAAUUGA